UCUAUCUGUGGUUUCGUUUCAGGGGAAUAAGUGCACUGUGUGUUACAGGCUUUCGACACCAGUUUAUUGCGCUGCUUUACAGCUGACGAUCCAGACAGUUUUUGUGUCAGGUACAUCGGAAUAAAGGUGUAAAAAUGAGAAACGGAUUAAUAUUGAUCGCGGCCGUCAUUGCUGCAACAGCUCUCACCUCAGGUGAAUAUAGUUCCGACUUUAUGGUCAAGCUGAGCACAACAACCCCCCAGCCGAACACAACAACCCCCCACCCGAACACAACAACCACAACAACCCCCCACCCGAACACAACAACCCCCCACCCGAACACAACAACCCACAGCCCGAACACAACAACUCACAGCCCGAACACAACAACCCUCCACCCGAACACAACAACCCCCCACCCGAACACAACAACCGCCCCUCCAGCGCCAACACCACCCACCAACAUGACAAAGGGGAGAUAUAAUGUUACUGAUAAAGAUGGCAAUAUCUGUAUUCUGGCUGACUUGGGAAUCGGGAUCCGUGUGAACACCAGUGAGGUUAAUGGCACGUUCAUUGUUCAGCCGAGGAAAACUACUUCCAGUGGACAAUGUUCGGAGAAAACGGCUGAUAUCACUCUCAUUUUUGAUGAAGGCAGUCUUGCCCUAAAAUUUAAAAAUGAUGAAACAAAGCAAAAGGUCUAUGUUGAGUUUGUGGAGUUUGAUUUGACCUAUGCUUUCAAAAGUGGAGCAUCGGAAAAUUACGGAGGGAAGAACGAGUCUCUUGAGCUGUUUUCCGCGGCUCCGGGUCACUCUUACUCCUGCAGUGCUGAGAGCGUGUACAUGGGGAAUGGUGUGAGUCUAGAUCUGACCAAUUACAGACUUCAGGCCUUCAACAUCAAAAACAAGGCAUUUGGCACAACUGAUCUAUGCAAGGCUGAUAAACCGGACUACCGGGUUCCCAUCGCCGUGGGCAUAAUCCUCAUCAUUCUCAUCGUCAUUGUAGUCAUUGCUUAUCUUAUCAGCCGAAAACGGAGAAGUAAUGGGUACCAGUCACUAUAGAGGCCUAAAAGUCCUGAUUUAAAUCAGCGAUUUUGCAGAUUUAAUCCUGUUAUGUGCGCCUUAAGUGAAUGUUACUCAUAUACCGAUGAUGAACGUGGAUGGCUUAGGAUCUGUCCAAACAAUGUUUACUAUUCAGAGACGGUAUGUCACAUCCUAACACAAGCUGCAAUCAUACAAACAAAUGGCUAAACUAGUGCAUGCCUUAUUUAGCCUAUCCUAAUCCUGACAUUACUGAAGGAUGUGCAAAAUGUACAUUUGCUCCAUCUUGUGUAAGUGUUCUUUUCUGUAGGGCUCUUCUCUGCUCGUCUCAUGCAUUGCAUUUUCUGUGAUUGGCUGAUCAGCCAAUGUUAAUCUCAUAAAUAUGUCCAAAUUUGUUGUUGAAAGGCUGCAUAAAAGGGAAUUCAGUUGCUCAUGUUUAUGUUGGGAUAUAUAGGCCUUCACUGUGUUUUGUAAUUAAUAAUAGAAAGGAUUUUUCUUUCUGUUGUGCUUGUUUUUUGUUUUGGCAAACUGAAGGGCUUUACUAUUCUGUAUUGUGAUCUGAAUGCACUGAAUAAUGCAAACAAUGUGUAAUUUGGAUACUUAUAAUCAAUAAUUUGUCCCGAAAAAAGUACUUUUUUUAAUUAUUGGCAUUAAAUAAAAAACUUAAAUAAAAAACGUACAAAAAAAUGACGAUUUUUGUUCAUUUGACGGCUAAGUCUGUGGUGUUGAAAUGGAAGAGGAAGAGGGGGAAACACACAAGCAUUAUUUUUGGCAGUGUGUUAUGUGGCGGCGCAGAUGCAAAUUUGUGUUCUGAACAGUUUUCCAUUCAUUUCACUGAAAUGACUAAAAAAAAUUAAAGCAACAUCUAAAAUCA